AUGGAGAAGAUCGAGCUUAUAAAGGGCAUAGAAGCAAAUGCCGAAAGGAUUCUAGAGGACUUUAUAGAAAUCCUCCAGUAUCUGAGAUCUGAGGGCUCCGAUAAGUGCGACGAGGUCCAGAAUCUACUCUUUGCAAGCCGAAGAACAGUGGAUCUUAUCGACUCUUCCUUGGAAAUAUAUCAUUAUCUCAUAAGGUUAAAAUACCUUACGUCCGAUGUCUCGAGACUGGUACCACUGAAGAAAGAAGACGAAAGCGGGAUCCUUGAGGACCUUUUUGAAGAUUUGAAUACCCGUCUGGGAAUUUAA